GGAAGUGAAGAGAGCGAAAGAAAGAAGCGGAGAAAUGGAUUAUAGCUUAGCAGCGUUGAAGCUUCUGUGCAGGCAGCUCAACGACGCCCGCCAAGCUCCGUCCAACAACGCCGCCACACUCGGCGGCAUUCUCUUCCAACGCGCCUGGCUUCAGGGGAUUUUGGUCUUCGUCGACAGAGAUAAUGGUAAGCUGAUUCUCGACGACGGCACCGGCACCGUCGAGCUCUCUCUUUCUGGCGACUUCCGCCAACGCCCUUGGAGCCUCGGAAUGUAUGUGAUGGUUGUUGGCGCUUAUGUCGUCCGGACGAAUGAACCGUCCAUUAUUGCGGUCCACAAGAUUGUUGAUCUAUCAAUGUUUCCUGGUCGAGAGGCAAUGUGGUACCUUGAAGUCAUGGAAGCAUACAAAAUGUUCUAUGAACCUCUGGUUGAAGAAUUUUCGUAACUCGUUUUGCUGACUCAACAGGAUGUUCACGCAUUACAUUCCGAAGUAACUCUCCAUGGAAUGACAUACUUUUGUGAAAGAUCAAACUUUGUCUACCAAAUGUUCGCUUAGGGAGAGGGACCCCGUUUACCUUACCCAAUGAUGCCGAAAGGUCCAUGCCAUAGAGUUAGAGCCUUCAAUUAUUAUGAAUAUGUUGGGAGGGGUGAUAUGGAAAAACAUGGUUUGACAAUGAAUUAUUUCAGGUACCUAGUAGAUUGGGACAUAUAGGAGAAUAGGGAACAAUUAUUUGUUUUACAGGAGCUGCUAGUGUAUUACAGCAAUUAUAUACAACAAUCAUUUUGAAAAACCAUCACUUUCUUUCCCAUGUUAACUUCAAAACCAUCAUAUUCUUCCUA